GCGUCGCGACCAGCUCGAAACGGUCGCUCCGGAGGCGAAUGUCGCCUCGGUGAGCGCAGCAUGCCCGGCSCCCGCCGCCGCGCUCAUGCCUGCGCGCGUGCUGUUGCAGAGGAACGCCGGCAGCAGCUCCGACGGCACCGAGGACUCGGAUUUCUCCACCGACCCCGAGCACACGGACAGCUCCGAGAGCGAUGGCACCUCGCGGCGCUCGGCCCGCGUCACCCGCUCCUCGGCCCGGCUCAGCCAGAGCUCCCAAGAUUCCAGCCCAGUUCGCAAUCCACCAUCGUUUGGAGCAGAAGAGCCUGUUUAUUCCACAAGGAGAGUAACUCGCAGCCAACAGCAGCCCACUCCCGUGACUCCAAAAAAAUACCCGCUCCGGCAGACCCGCUCCUCUGGAUCAGAAACUGAGCAAGUGGUUGACUUUUCUGAUAGAGACACUAAAAAUGCAGCAGAUCACGAUGAGUCUCCACCUCGCACCCCUACUGGGAAUGCCCCUUCUUCUGAGUCYGAUAUUGACAUCUCCAGUCCAAAUAUUUCCCAUGAUGAGAGUAUUGCCAAGGACAUGUCCAUGAAGGAUUCGGGAAGCGACCUGUCUCACCGUCCUAAGCGCCGCCGCUUCCAUGAGAGCUACAAUUUCAACAUGAAAUGUCCCACUCCUGGUUGUAACUCUUUAGGACACCUAACUGGAAAACAUGAACGACACUUCUCCAUCUCAGGAUGUCCGCUGUAUCAUAACCUUUCAGCAGAUGAGUGCAAGGUGCGAGCACAAAGCCGGGAUAAACAGAUUGAGGAGAGGAUGUUGGCCCAUCGGCAGGACGACAACAACAGACAUGCCACCAGACACCAGGCACCGACAGAGAGACAGCUACGGUACAAGGAGAAAGUAGCUGAGCUCAGGAAGAAAAGGAACUCAGGACUAAGCAAGGAGCAAAAAGAAAAAUACAUGGAGCACAGACAAACUUAUGGCAAUACUAGAGAACCCCUACUUGAAAACCUGACCAGCGAGUAUGACCUUGAGCUCUUCCGAAGAGCACAAGCACGAGCUUCUGAGGACUUGGAAAAACUGCGGCUUCAGGGCCAGAUCACGGAAGGCAGCAAUAUGAUUAAAACAAUUGCCUUUGGCCGUUAUGAGCUGGAUACCUGGUACCAUUCUCCUUACCCAGAGGAAUAUGCUCGCCUGGGACGUCUCUACAUGUGUGAAUUCUGUCUCAAAUAUAUGAAGAGCCAGACGAUACUACGUAGACACAUGGCAAAAUGUGUGUGGAAACAUCCACCAGGUGACGAAAUCUACCGCAAAGGCUCCAUUUCAGUGUUUGAAGUGGAUGGGAAAAAGAAUAAGAUCUACUGUCAAAACCUCUGUCUGCUGGCAAAACUUUUCCUGGACCAUAAAACUCUGUAUUAUGAUGUUGAACCCUUCCUCUUUUAUGUCAUGACAGAAGCUGACAACACUGGAUGUCACCUGAUAGGGUAUUUCUCCAAGGAGAAGAAUUCUUUUCUCAACUACAAUGUUUCCUGUAUCCUGACAAUGCCUCAAUAUAUGAGACAAGGUUAUGGCAAAAUGCUCAUUGAUUUCAGCUAUUUGCUUUCCAAGGUAGAAGAAAAAGUUGGCUCUCCAGAACGACCUCUGUCUGAUUUGGGUCUCAUCAGCUAUCGUAGCUACUGGAAGGAAGUUCUCCUUCGUUACCUGCAUAAUUUCCAAGGAAAAGAGAUCUCUAUAAAAGAAAUCAGCCAGGAGACGGCAGUGAACCCGGUCGACAUUGUUAGUACAUUACAAGCACUUCAGAUGCUCAAGUACUGGAAGGGAAAACACCUUGUCCUAAAACGACAGGAUCUGAUUGAUGAAUGGAUAGCCAAAGAGGCAAAAAGAUCCAACAGCAAUAAGAUCAUGGAUCCCAGCUGUUUGAAAUGGACCCCUCCUAAGGGAACUUAACUACCUGUCACUCCUGAAGCCAGUGAACCCCAGCAGUAGGAAGCACCCUAGGGAUCUCUGUUGUAUCUGUUGCUGUUGUGAUUGGCUGGUACAGUACCCACCCCGAAAGAUCCGUUCCCCUUGGUACUGUUCUGGCCCCGAUCUUUUGUGCGCACCGCAGACGCUGGUUCUGAGGAACUUUAUGUUUCGGCCUCAAUGAGGUUGCAAGGAUUGGAUCUGUAUAGGACCCAAACGAUGCUCCUAGCAGCGCUGGCCCAAGGAGUUCUGAUAUCUGGUACUGUACCUGUCCAGUCACUGGUGUUACCCUCAUGUUCUUAUUCCAAUGAGGUUGUGUUGUCUCUAUAAUCUGGUUGUUUCUUCCUUCAGGCUCCCUCUGUGUAAUGGAUAACUUCUGUGGCUUUUGAACGAGGUCUAAAAAUGCUCGUUGGGGGAAAGUCUGGUUUCCCAACAAGCAGCAGCUUACACUGACUUCAGCAUUUUUCACAAGUCUUGUCUGAUGGACUGGUCCGUUCCAUGUAUCAAAUAGUUUAAUAAGGUAACAUACCACCUCUUCAAGCAGUGAUUUCCGUAUAAUGUAGCAGGUCUUCCCAUAGUUAAUAUUGUACAGUCAGAAGCUUGCAUACUUGUACCCGAGUGGUGUGAUUGUUAGUGUUACCCUGGAGGAGUCGAGACUAAGCGUCCGAGAGCAUCGUAGUCUGAGCUGUUUCAUAGAGUUGUUCUUACAGAGUCUCCUGGAGCAGGUACUGCUCUCUAUUGUUUUAGAGAGACCACUUUGAUUAUAUAUUACUGGUUUGCUAGUUUAUCUGUGGGAGUUGGCGGCUGUUUUUUUUUCUUUUUCCACAAAACCAGUUCGUUCAGUAUGUUUUACCUUAAACGUUUUCCUCAGAGCAGUCUUCYUCAAGUUGUAGGUCUCUUUCUGUUGGAGAGGAUUUUUUUCUCUAUCGUGAAGAGAGAAACGUUAACUUCACACACACUUUUGCUAUCCUUGUCCAAACAGCCACAGAAACCCUGCAGUGCAAAUACCAUCAGUUGUUGGAUUGCCUAUAGUGUGCGUUCUGUGCAUCAGUGGCAGCUCCAGGUAGCUGUGUGGAUGGUUUGCUUCUCUGACAGCGUGUCCUUGUUGAUCUUGGUAAAACGAACGCAAAAUAGCUUUUACCUCCUCUCUCCCAUCAGCACCACCAGAAGAAACCAUCAUACAACAGCUCUUACAUAACCACUGUCCUUGUUCCACAAGUCUCCUAGAUGGUUCCAGGGUGGUGAAAAGUGGGGACUGUCUCGGAGUAGCUAAGGGCAGCAUCACAGAGCGCUGCCCUUCCAAUGCUUUCUCAUUCAGUGGUGUCUGAAAAGAAGCCCGUACCGUGUCCCUGGUAGAUAGGAGCUGUUUCCUGUUAACCACUGACCCUCGUAACGUGGAGGGGUUCUCCAUGGCCCUUCUGAUGGUUGUCUCUGUCUUUCUCUGCCUCCCUAAAAGAACAGGCCACUUUGUGGGCAUUACUGGCUUUUGCUGUCAUGUGCCCUUUGCUCCUGUGCUAACUCCAGACACUCAUGAAACUAUCCGGUGAAGUAGAUCUCUU